CCCGAUAUCAUCCCAUUUCUGAAAAUUUUCAGUGAUUGAGUUUUCAGUUUUUACCACCACCACUUCUAUACCACUACCAAUACAAUGUCCGCUCCGUUCGGUGUCGAUUUAGGAAACAGCAGCUCUGUCAUUGCCUGCGCCAGAAACAGAGGAAUUGACAUCAUUGUCAACGAGGUUUCCAACAGAAACACUCCCUCGCUUGUAGGAUUUGGCCCUAAGAACAGAUUCAUCGGCGAGUCCGGUAAGAACCAGCAGACUUCGAACUUGAAGAACACCGUCGACAACAUCAAGCGUAUCCUCGGUGCCAACUUCAAUGACCCAGAUUUUGAAAUUGAGAAGAAGUACUUCACAUGUCCACUUGUUGAAUCAAAGGAUGGAGGCAUCUCUGCUAAGGUCAGAUUCUUGGGCGAGCAGCAGGAAUUCACUGCUACCCAGUUAGCAGCCAUGUAUAUCGAUAAAAUCAAGGAUAUCACAAUCAAAGAGACCAAGGCAAACAUCACUGAUAUUUCUUUGUCUGUUCCAGUAUGGUACACCGAGAAACAGCGUCGCGCCGCCGCCGAUGCUUGUAGAAUCGCUGGCUUGAACCCUGUCAGAAUCGUCAACGAAGUCACAGCUGCUGCUGUUGGCUACGGUGUCUUCAAGGCUAACGACUUGCCAGAAGAUGAACCUAAGAAGGUGGCGUUUGUGGACAUUGGUCACUCCUCGUACCAAGUCUCUAUUGCUGCUGUCAAGAAGGGUGAAUUGAAGAUUCUUGCUUCUGCUUACGACAAGCACUUUGGUGGUAGAGAUUUCGACUACGCCAUCGCCAGCCACUUUGCCGACGAAUUUGUUGGCAAGUACAAGAUCGACGUCAGAGAAAACCCUAAGGCUUUCUACCGUAUUUUGACUGCUGCUGAGAAGUUGAAGAAGGUUCUCUCUGCUAACACUCAGGCUCCAUUCAAUAUCGAGUCCGUGAUGAACGACGUUGACGUUUCUUCGUCUUUGACUCGUGAAGAGUUGGAAGAGUUCGUACAGCCUCUUUUAGCCAGAGUUCAUGUUCCAAUCGAGUCAGCUCUUAAGGAAGCUGGUUUGACUACUGACGACAUCGACUCCAUCGAAGUCAUUGGUGGCUGUACCAGAGUUCCUUCUUUGAAGAACAAGUUGAAGGACAUCUUUGGCAAAGAGUUGUCUUUCACUUUGAACCAAGAUGAAGCCAUUGCCAGAGGUAACGCUUUCAUCUGUGCUACCCACUCUCCAACCGUUAGAGUGAGACCUUUCAAGUUCGAAGACUACAACCCAUACUCAGUCUCUUACUUCUGGGCCAAGGAAGAAGAAGACGAAGACCACAUGGAAGUUUUCCCAAGAGGUGGCUCGUUCCCUUCGACCAAGAUCAUCACCUUGUUCAGAAAGGGUGACUUCGAAGUCGAAGCCAAGUACACCAAGCCUGAAGAGUUGCCAGUUGGCACUUCUCCACUCGUAGCCAAGUGGGAAAUCAAGGGUGUUGUUCCAUCUGAAGGUGAGACUUCUAUUGCCACCAAGAUCAAGUUGAGAAACGAUCCUUCUGGAUUCUACACUAUCGAGGCUGCUUACACCGUCGAAGAAAAGAUCGUCAAGGAAUUAGUGGAAAAGGAACCAAAGGAAGGUGAAGAACAAGACGACGAAGAUUCUGAACCAGAAUACCGUGAAGUUAAGAAGUUGGUCAAGAAGGCUGACUUGGAAGUUAUUACUCACUCUGCUUCUCUUGAACCAAGCGUCAGAGAAGAGUUUAUUGAAAAGGAAAACGCUUUAGUCAUGGGUGACAAGUUGGUUGCUGAUACUGAAGACAGAAAGAACGCUUUGGAAGAGUACAUCUACGACUUGAGAGGUAAGUUGGACGACAAGUACAAGGACUUCGCCUCCGAUGCCGAAAAGGAACAAUUGACUGCCUUGUUGAGCAAGACUGAAGACUGGUUGUACGAUGAAGGUUACGAUUCGACCAAGGCUAAGUACAUUGCUAAAUACGAAGAGUUGGCUUCCAAGGGAAACCUCAUCAAGGGCCGUUACUUGCAAAAGGAAGAAGAAAAGAAGCAAGCCUACAGACAGAAGCAAGAAGCUGCUCAAGCUGCUGCCAUGGCUGAGAAGUUGGCUGCUGCCAGAGAUGCUUCAAAGGCUGAACAGAAGCCAGCUCCUGAAGAAGCCGAUGUUGACAUGGAUUAGAUUAGAGAGGUGCUCUUAAAUAUAUAGUUCUUAAUAAUUUCCGGUUACAUAUACAUAAUUGAAGGAGUAUUGUUGAUUGAG